CAUUUCGCCUCCCAAGAAAUAAAUCCCCACGAAUCGUUAGGUGAGCCGAGAGAAGACGGCCGGUGCUGCGCUCGGCCGUCUUUUUCAUCACCCGUCUCAGAUAUCCCAGCAUCAAAUAUUCCGGCGUCAUCAGUUCCGCCCUCCGGCCGUCCUGCCCCGACACACGACCUGGUGAGCAAAGCCUCAUCGUUCUAUUUCGAAAUACGGUGUUUAUUCGAGAACGUCCAACAGGCAUAGUCGAACAAGGCUGGCCGACAUGAGAUAUGCCCGCGAGAGCUGGGGUCUUAACACUUUAUUUCGGGGCUUAAAAACGGAGCUUGUCCCGUAUUGGGAGGGGCCGACCCCUCUUCUCGCUCAUGGACGCCGGACCGGCUCACUUAGAGGGUGACCUCUUCGGUCCAAAUCCGUAAGCGGCCACACCGGCUCUCUCGCAGGCUUCCCAGAACGACAGCUGGCCGGCGGCGGCCCCGUAUUCCCUUUCCCUCCAUGGAUCAGAUGGUGCUGGGGAGGGCCCGCGAGGCCUUCGGGUCAGGCGGCAGGCGCAAGAGCGACGACAAUGCGUGCAGCGAGCACGGGGAGAAGCUCACGCUCUUCUGCUUGGAGGACCUGGAGCCCAUCUGCGGGGCGUGCGGGAAGGCGGCGGACCACCGAGGGCAUCGGCUCUACCCCCUUGGCGAGGGGGCCCAGGACUGUAAAGAAGAGUUGAAGGGUGCUCUGCUGCCAUUGAAGGAGAAGUUACAGCAGUACAAGCAGGCCAAAAUUGUGUGCGAGGACAUGAAGGAGCACAUUAAGAGUCAGGGCGAGCAGACGGAGAGGCAGAUCAAGACGGAAUUCGAGGCGCUGCACCUCUUCCUGAGGGAGCAGGAGGAGGCCAGGCUGUCCUCGCUGAAGGCUGAGGAGGGUCACAAGAACCUGAUGAUCCGGGAGAGGAUCGAGGAGCUGGACCAAGAGGUGGCCUCGCUCUCCAACGUGAUCCGCCUGGUGGAGCAGGAGAUGCAAAUGCAAGACGUCCCCUUCCUCAAGAAUUACAAGAACACAAUAAGGAGAACCUGGAUCAAUUCUUUCGAGCCCGAAGAGAUGUCCGGCGCUCUGAUUGACGUGGCCAAGCAUACUGGCACCCUCAAGUACCAAGUCUGGGAGAAGAUGAUGAAAAUCGUCAAAUACAGUCCCGUCAUCGUGGAUCCCAACACGGCCGCCAACUGCUUCAUCCUGUCCGAGGACCUGACGUCGGUGCAGAACACCGCGGAGACCUUCAAGCUCCCCAACAACCCGGAGCGCUUCGACAUCAGCGCCGAGAUGCUGGGCGCCGAGGGCUACGCGUCGGGCCGCCACAGCUGGAGCGUGGAAGUCAAGGACAACACCUACUGGGUGGUGGGCGUGGCUAGCGAGUCCAUCAACCGGAAGGGCAAGCACGUGCUGACGCCCGCCGAGGGCUUCUGGACCAUACGCUUUCGCAACGGCGAGCACAAGGCCUGCACGGCGCCGUGGGAGUCGCUCAACCUCAAGGCCAAGCCGGACACCAUCAAAGUUCUGUUGGACAUGGACCGAGGCAAGGUGGCCUUUUACAGCCCCCCAGAAAGGGAGCCGCUGUACACCUUCACCGACGUCAUCGCGCCCAAGGCCUUCCCUUACUUCUGCACGGCCUGCAAAGAACACCCGCUGACAAUCCUCCCCGCUAAACUGACUCUUUCGACCGACUGA